AUGACGGACAGAUCAGUCAAUGUUGAAAUGACUGAUGAUGAGAGAAGCAUGCUUGUUAAUGAUUUGGUUCGAAAGUGUGAUGAAAUUCAGGCCAGAUUAGUGAAGGAAAUUUCACUGAGAAAGGAACAAAUGGAUAACUUUGCACAUGACGUUCUGAAACUAAAAGAUGAGAAGGAAUCAAUUUUGGAGGAAAUCAAGCAAAAGGAUAAAUUUAUUGAAGAAUUGAAGAGAAACGAACAUGAGUGGAGGAAUCGGAUACUGGAUUACGAAGAAAAGUUUGAAGCGUGUAAACAAGCCUUCCAUUAUAUUUUCGAGGAUAUGUCUCCAAUUCCAAUUCUGGCACCACAAUCGACUCCACAGCCAAUUAGUAAUAAAAUGGAGCUAUACAAGUCGAUUUCGGAACUCUCUAAAUUGGUCAUCGAUCAGACUGAGGAAAUACGAGAACUGAAGCGCGUAGUUUACAACAUACAAAUGCAGGAGAAAAUUGAUAAAACAAUGGCUUCAAACCACUUAAAAACACUAAUUGAGCAAUCUAAUACCGACCAUUCUCCACAAACUACUGUUCUUAGAAGGCGAUGGAAAGGGGCGGAUGGUUCAAUACCUUGCGAUGAGAAGAGGGUUCACGAAGAGCCAAUUCAACCGGUUGAAAAGAAGAAGACUCUUCAAUUUAAAAACGUCUAUUAA